GACCACACCGCCGCCCUCAUUCGUGUAUAUAUAAUAAUAUCCUUAUCACAUCUUACGUUCCAGUUAAAAGCAUUCUAUGUGGAUCUGCUGGUGCCUCUGGAAACCAACCUGGAGAAGGACACGAAAGUCGUCCAGAGCGAACAGAAGAAGUUCCUUCAGCAACACAAGACCAGAUCCGAGACGUAUAGCAAGGCGGCAGCGACCAUGAAGAAGCAGAGAAAGAAGUCCAGGGCGGCCAAUAAAAGCGGUCUCGCUAUGGACAAGGAGCUCAAGAACAUGCAAAUUCUCGAAGAGGAGAAGACUAAGCUCGACGCCUUCUGCGAGCAGAGUCUGAAGAAUGCGAUGACUCAGGAGAGACGGCGAUACGGUUUCGUGCUGGAGCGACAAUGCUCCUUGGCGAAGCACUAUGCGAGUUUUCAUGAGGUUGCAUUGGCCGCGCUUCAUCCCUCGGUUGAUAAAUGGCGCGAGGUUGCUGCCACCAGGGAAUACUUGCCCCAGUCGGUGGAGGACAUGUUCGCUUCCAGACUCAGG